CGCCGAAAAUAAAAAAAUGAAGAGAUGUUAGACAUAAAAAUAAAGCCAAAGCAAGGAAAUAUCUACAAAGAUUUCCCAGUCGAGGGUUACCUAGGUAUGUCCACUUGCAGGGUCGUCGGCUUUGCAUAUACGGAGAUUCUGGAUAAAAAGCCGCUAAAAGUAAAAGAAAUAAACGUUAAACUAAAAUGCAUAGAGAGUGCAUACAAAAAGUCAACUGUUUUAUUUGAGACAACGGAUUGUUUGAUGUCUUUCGAUGAUUACGUAGAGCUCGGUGAGAUGGAGAAGGAAUUUAUGUUGACAAUACCCUCCCAUAGUAGUCUACCCAGCUCGAUACGUCUACAUAACUAUCAAAUAUUAUGGAAGUUGGAGGUCAAUUUAUACCAUGAGAAUAUAAAAUACAUCGGGAACUUAAAAACCAAGUCAAUAUGUUUAAAUUUAUUUAGAUUCUCACAUUUAAGCAGGAAUUUGAGUAGACAUGAAGAAAAUAUCAAAAAUUUAGAAUUCAAAACAUUAAUAGACUCCUUUAAACUGUUGUCCCUUGACAACCUCAACGUUAACAUCAAUUUGAGACUACUUUCUGAUGACAUCAUAAUAAAGAAGCUAUACGUUAGCCUAGAUAGAAAAGUAUCCUUUAGACUACUAAAAAGUUCAUUCUUCACUUCAAAUAAUUACUCAACCAGAUUAAUAGAACACUCAGUCACGCCUCACCUUAUACCAUCAAAGCGUGAAAAUUACCAGUUUACCAUUUUAAUACCAUCAUCAAAAUCAAAAGGUAGUUGGAGCAUAGGCGAGAGUUUAAUAACAAACUUAAUAGACAUUCAAUUCUUUAUAACGACGACGGUCUUAAUAAAAAAUGCACGCGGUUCAACUAAAAAAGUUGAAAUUGAUUCAAAAGAGAUUUUAUUAAUAUCUAUAACUAACAAAGACCUAAAUAGAGCCAUACGUUGUAACACCUAUAAAUUUUAAUUAGCAUUUAUAAAAACUAGAGAGCAACCAUAUUUAGUCAGAAAUAGCCUCUUUUUUCCAUCAAAGAGAUUCAGACAAUGUAGAUAAGUUUUAGAUUGGU